AUUGUGUUUUGUGGAGGAUUUUUAAAUUUUUUGCGGUUUUGUCGGUGUCAAACAUUUAUAGAUGCCGGGGCGGCUGUUGCGAACCAAAUAGCACUAAAUGGGCCACACCAUAUUGCUAAAUAUGGAGCACCUAUGUCGUGUGUGUCUGAGCAAUGACGUCACGCUGGUCCGGAUAUUCACAGAGCCAGACACAGAGCUAGUGGAAGCUGUGGAAGAGGAACUGGAAGUGGCGCCCAGCCUGGCCGAGAUGAUGAGCGAGUGUGUGGACUGUGAGGUGAGGCGGGAGGACGCGCUGCCUCAGCACAUUUGUUUGGGCUGCGAGCUGGCCACUCGCAAUGCCUUUCGCUUCAAACGACAAUGCGAGCAGAGCUACCGGCGUCUCUGUCAGCUGUUGAGCAGGAAGGAGAGUCUGCAGCAGCAGCAGGAUAAAGAGGAGGAUGAGGGGAAGGAGAACAGCAGUUAUAGCAAAAAGAAGCCAACUGCUGAAGCGAAACAGACGGCUGAAGAGGCCGAGGAGGAGGAGGAGGAAGGUGAACAAUGCUCCGAAAGCAGCGAAGCUAUCUGCGAUAUGCCCAUCGAACCAGCCGCCUACGAGGAGCUGGAAAUGGAGACUCGAUUGGUCCCCAAUAACGAAUUAGAUGUGAACAAUUUGAAGGUGGAAAUCAAGACUGAGGAGCAAACUAAUGGCUUUAUAGAGGUGCUGCUGUGCGACAAGAUCAACCAAAAAGAGGGUGCUGAGUCGAAGAGUUGCGGCAGACAGAAGGGGGGCAGGUCCAAGCUGGUCCAUCACUGCGACAUUUGCGAGCGCCAGUUCAGCUCGCGGCUGUAUCUGAUCCGACAUCAGGGACUGCACGGACGGAAGCGGUACGCGUGCAAGGCGUGCUCGACCAGCUAUGGGACGCGCGACGAGCUGACCGCUCACAUCAAGGAUAAGGGCCACGACAAGCCCAUGCUCUGUCCCGAGUGCGGGCUACGCUGCAAGACCAGCCACACCCUGAUGGUUCACAUGCGACGCCACAACGGCGAAAAGCCCUUCAAGUGCAAGUUCUGUAGCAAAGGAUUCCCGCGCAUGGACGAUUUGCGCGUCCACGAGAAAUACCAUACGGGCGAGAAGGCGCACUUUUGCGAGACCUGCGGAAAGGGAUUCCUGCGCAAAUACAAUCUCACGAUACACACACGCGUCCAUACCGGCGAACGUCCCUACAAGUGUCCCCACUGCCCCCAGGCCUUUGCCCAGGGCAACGAUCUCAAGGCCCACAUUCGCCGGCACACGGGGGAGCGCUUCCGUUGCGAAUACUGCCCGGCAGGAUUUCUGCAGCACUACAAGAUUCGGCAGCACAAGUUGCUACACCACGGCAUCAAGGAGGAGGCGCCCACACAGCGAGUCGCCAAAUUCAGGUCCGUGGAGGAGCAACAACAGCAAAUCGCCCGCAAUAUGCAAUCCAAGGAUGACGACAUUUCAGAGAAUGAACAGUCGCCGCCCGUGUAGUUGCCAAACGUUGCGAAUGUAAGGCUUUAUACAUAUAAUAUAUAUACAUAUGUACAUAUAUAUGACUACUCGCCAGCUUGUGGAUAUUGUAGCAAACGAUCUUAUUGCCGCGCGUUCUUAAAAACCGAACCGAAGGACUGAGCAGACGCGCGGUAUUGGUAGCAGCCAGCUUUUGUAUGUCCCUGCAUAUCGGCAGGCUGUUCACUCUCGAUAGCUGUCGCGCUGUGAGUGAAUGGGUAGCACUGCCGUUGGCGCACUAGAUUCCAAUUUGUAAUUCGUACUUAAUCCGCUGUACUUGUGACUUUUAUUUAAAUUGUAGCAUUAUAACAAGUGUUGGCUUUUCAUAUUCGGCCACAACUGGUAUGUAAUACCACGGUAGUAGAAGCUGGACAAAUAAAUCAGACAUACUUGUAUGUAUGCACAUGCGAAGAAGUGCAUAAGAGAAAUAA